CCGGGAUGCUGGGUAAUCCAGUCAGUCUCGCGUCGCAGCUGAGAACAGAUGGAGUACCGCUGAUUCUACAGCUGCCAGGGAAACGGAACAAGAAGCAUUUUCUGAUGACUCCUAAGAAAUUGCUCAUACAUUGUCUUCCUCAGGCGCUGCAAUGGAACGUUUGUGUGUGAUUCUUUUGCUUGUAAGUAAAACUUUCAUAGUGAAUGCACAAUUCAAUGGGUUCAACUGUGAUGCCAACUUCCACAGCCGCUUCCCCGCCGAGCGGGACAUCAGUGUGUAUUGUGGAGUGCAAACCAUAACGCUGAAGAUCAAUUUUUGCCCGGUGCUUUUCUCUGGCUACACCGACACUGACCUGGCGCUGAACGGGCGUCACGGCGAUGCCCACUGCCGAGGGUUCAUCAACAACAACACGUUCCCAACAGUCGUGCUGUUCAGCAUCAGUCUCAGCACGCUGGAGGCAUGUGGAAACUCACUUGCGGUCUCCACGGCUCAGGGGCCCAACGCCUAUGGGAAUCUCUCCUUGGUCCAGAUUGGGAAUAUAGCAGGAUACAUUGACACUCCGGAUCCCCCGACGGUCAUCAGCUACCUACCGGGACUGCUUUACAAGUUCAGUUGUAGUUACCCUCUGGAAUACCUGGUCAACAACACACAGCUUGCUUCGUCGGCCGCAGCGAUAUCAGUGAAGGACAGCAAUGGCACGUUUGUGAGCACGCUGAAUUUACUUCUAUACAACGACUCCACAUACAUCCAUCAUCUUGCCAUCCCAGUGUCUGGACUUACUCUGAAGACGCGAGUGUUUGCCGCUGUAAAAGCCACCAACCUAGACAAGAGAUGGAAUGUUCUGAUGGACUACUGUUACACGACUCCCUCUGGGAAUCCUAAUGAUGAGCUCCGAUACGACCUUUUCUUUGGAUGUGAUAAGGACCCACAGACAACAGUGUUUGAGAAUGGGAAGAGCCAGAUGGGCCGCUUUUCCUUCGAGGUGUUCCGCUUUGUCAAGCACAAGAACCAGAAAAUGUCCACCGUCUUUCUGCACUGUGUGACCAAGCUGUGUCGCUCUGAUGACUGCCCCCUGCUCUUGCCUAUCUGUGGUAAGAGGAAGAAAAGGAACGUUUCGGAAAGAACUGCGGUGGCCUCUGGCAAUGCGGUCAUGACUGCCGGGCCCAUCAUCACCCGAAGUGAUGAAACUCCCACCAAUAAUUCCCAGCUAGCACAGUUAAACAGCCCUCCAUUCAAAAUGAAUUCAGUGACGAGCGCCUUGAUUUCUUCCAUCGCGAUCCUCGCCGUUAUGAGCAUGUGUUUCUUCAUCCUGUCUCUGUCACUGCUGAGAGGAAAAUAUACAGCACCAACACCUCGGUCAGGAACCCACAACCCAGCGUUCAGCUAAACGCGCACACACACAGCUGUUUGAGCCGCUGAACAAUACAGCAAUACCUGUGUGCAGAGCUCUCGGUUACACACAGUCAUACAGUACAGGGAAGUAAUAUCAUAAUAUCACUCUACACAGCCUUUAGCUAUACACCGAUGCCUAUUUUCGGUCACAAAGAAUGAAUACCUCAUUCUUAUUCCUGUAAAUUUACAUAACACACAAUCCUAAACCAUAAGAGGCUGAACUCUGAUUGGAAAUGAUUCUCACAGACAUAAU